AUGUCUUUGCUCGGAUAUGAUUACGAGGUGUUCUUGAGUUUUAGAAGGCCGGACACCCGAGCGGGCAUCACUGACUUUCUAUACAUGAGCCUGACUGACGCGGGGAUCCAUGCCUAUAGAGACUACAAAGAUCUCCGAGAUGGGGAAGAGAUGGGCCCGGAGCUCCUGCAAGCGAUUCACCUGUCAAAGAUCUCCAUACCCAUCUUCUCGAGAGGUAUUAGUACGUGGUGUCUCCGGGAGUUGGUCCAAAUGGUGAAGUGCAAGAAGACUCAAGGGCAGAUCAUCAUGCCCAUUUUCUAUGAUGUGGCGCCUUGGAAGAUCCGACUGCAAACCGGGGUCUACGGAAUGGCCUUGUCUUUGCACGAAACCAAGAAGCGUUAUGGUGACGAGACUAUCCGAGAGUGGAGGGAGUCUCUCAAAGAGACCGCAGGCCUAAAGGGAUGGGACCUGAGCAUGCCCAACAAGCACGAAGGUGAGGUCGUGAAGGAGGUAGUCAAUAAGGUUUUCGGCGUGCUGAAGAAGGCUUAUUUGGUAGUGCCUGUCUGCUUGGCUGGAGUCGACCAUCACGUGGGUAAAAUUAUGCGAAUGCUAGGCGCUCAGACACAGGAAACGCAAAUCCUCGGAAUCCAUGGAAUGGGUGGUAUUGAAAAGACAACUCUCACCAAAAUCGUCUACAAUUUACUCUUGCACGAUUUCGAGGAUUGUGGUUUCCUCUCCAACAUUCGAGAAACUUCGGAGCUUCAUGGUAUCGAGUGGGUGCGGAAUAAGCUCAUCUCUGAUGUUCUUAAACAAAAAAUGACAGACAGAGAAAAAAGUGAUGAAGGGAUUAAGAUGAUCAAAGAAAGGUUGUCCAGUAAAAAGGUUCUUCUUCUGGACGAUGUCAACAAAAAUAUUCAAUUGAAUGCGCUAAUGGAAAAGCGCAAUUGGUUAAAUGAAGGAAGCAAGAUAAUAAUUACGGCUAGUAACAAACACAUUCUUAUCAUUCCCGAAGUGGAUUUUACUUAUGAUCUUACUUGUAUGGAUUUCGAACAAUCAUUUCAACUUUUCAGUAAACAUCUCUUCAAAAGAGAUUAUCCACCAGAUGAGUAUGUCACCCUCUCCCACAAGGCAGUGGACAUUAUUGGAGGCCUUCCUCUCGCGCUUGAGGUUAUGGGUUCGCGUUUAUCAUCCACCAGUAAUGAAAGGUGGGAUGCCAAACUGAAGAUGCUGGAAAAGACUCCUGAUCUAGAAGUUCAGAACACGUUGAAAGAAGAGGUCAAAUCUCCUGCCAAAGCUGCGAUGGCUCACUUGGCAUCUUCACUAUUUGAUAUGACCGAACUUUCGUUGAUAAAUCUAGCCGUUCUUGAUCUGUCGUGGAGUGAAUUGACGGAGAGUUGGGAUGGUUGA